UCAUAUAUAGGACGUCAGUCAACAAGUGCGUUUAUUUACCCACUGGUUCUUCAGAAAUUGAAACUCUUAUUACAUUAGAUUUUAAAAGUAUCUAGAUUACCUUUUGUACCUGUUUGUGAAAAUGUGCACUACUAACCGUCGUUUUGAACCUAUGCAAUAUGGUGUCCAAAUCUGUGUUAAUCUGCUUUUAACAUGGGGCUGAUCAGAUACACGUUCCGCUCUACCUAUUUCCUCCGGUGGGUUAGUAACUCAAAACCUAUUAUAGUGACUUCUAUUUGGCUAUUGACUUUCAGUUGGUGAACUACUAAUAGAUUUUUAUCACGAUUAAUUUUUUAUCAUGCAUCGCUUCCAUACUUUUCUUAUCUAGAUCAUAAUAUUUAUCAGGUGGGAAACUAACACGUCUGGUCAUUCCUUCAAAUGAUCAAAGUACCGGGCUUUGUUAUUUCCCAGCUACUAGGACGAGGGACGUAUGGACAAGUAUACAUGGGAAGAAAGUCCGGUUCAAGUAAGCUAGUAGCAAUUAAAUGCAUUAUGAAGUUGAAACUAAGCAAUCAAGCACGGGAUAAUUUAGUCAGUGAAAUUUCUAUUUUGAAAGCUCUUGAGCAUCCUCAUAUUGUUCGUAUGCUUGAUUUUACUUGGGAUGCAUCUUUUGUGUAUAUUAUAAUGGAGUUUUGUGGCGGAGGAGAUCUUAGCAGAUUUUUGAGGUUGAAAAAAAGAUUAGAUGAACUGCUUGUGCAACGCUUUUUACAGCAGUUAGCAUUAGCUCUUCAAUACUUAAAAAGUAAAAAUAUAGUCCACAUGGAUUUAAAACCUCAGAAUAUUUUGCUCACAUCAAUUAACAAUCCAAGCUUGAAGCUUGCUGACUUUGGAUUCGCCCAAUGUAUUAAAGAGACAGCUAAAAAGAAUGAAGUUCGUGGCACAUUAUUGUAUAUGGCACCUGAAAUAUUCUGCGAUGGUUUUUAUCAUCCUUCAUGUGAUCUAUGGUCUAUUGGUAUUAUUCUAUAUGAAUGCCUAUUUGGCACUACUCCCUACGGUCAAAUUACAAUUGAACAAUUAAAAGAGAAAUUAGUGGCAAUGGAUGAACAAAUUAAGUUACCUUCUCCAAAUGAAAUAAGCAAACCAUGUGCUGCCUUAAUACAUGGUUUAUUAAGACGGAACCCUUCUGAACGAUUAAAUCAUGAACAAUUUUUUUCACAUCCAUUCAUUGAUUUAGAUCAUGCACCAUCAGCACAAAGUCUGGAUAAAGCUGCCGAAUAUCUUAAGCGUGCGCCUCAACUAGAAUCACUGGGGAAAUUAUGUGAAGCCUACGAUUGUUAUCUAGAAGGUUUAAAUCACCUAAUGGCUGCAUAUAAUUAUGAGCCAUCGCGCUUCAAGAAAUCGCAAAUACGAAACCUGAUGAAAGAUCAUUUACUAAAAACGGAAUCACUGAAAUUAGAAUUAUGUCUACUUAGUCACACGGAUGUGACUUCAUCGUCAUCACCUCAAUUAGAGCCAAAAACUCUUAACAGUCAAGCAGUUAAUUUACCUGAUCCUAUUGUUCCAGUGAAAUGUUACGAUGUAUCACGACAGCCUAAAAAGAAUGCCGAUUCAUCAAAGAAAGGCCUAUUUCAUUAUCUACCAAAAGAAAAAGAUGAUCAUCAAUCUUCAUUGAAAAGCAAGUCAUCACCUACUUCUGAAACAUAUCAACCACAAGAUUCAGAUUCAAUCGAACAAAUUAAUGUUUGUUUAUUCUCAGAUAAAGCCGGAAUUCUUACUCGUAUUAAGCAUUGGUUUUCGCGACAGAAUGAUAAGACUGAAAAUCCUUAUGAAUACAGUGGAAAAGCUAAACCUGUGCCUACCGCUAUAUUGGUUGAGGUGGAUCAUUCGAGUUCUACACAGUUGCCAUUGGAAUCGCUUCACUCUCCUGCUGUCCUUCCUUCAUCUCCUAGUCCUUGUCCAAAUUCAACGAACACAAUUGAACAAGAAGAAUCUUUAGCUCUUAAUCAGUCUGUUAAUUCCUCUACAAUUGAACCGGCCAUUGAAUCAAGUGUGAAGACAACUUCUUUGGAUUCUUCAAAGUUCAGGGAUUCCUAUUUAGAAUCUGGACCAAAUGUCGAUUCAACUGAUAUGGUAGACGGUCUAACUGAGAAAUUUGAUCGUAGUCGACUUUUAGAACUGGGUACCUCCAGCAAUAUUGUGGUUGAAUUUUUGGACAAGUUUUAUAAACUUAUUUCUACACAUCGUUUACAAGAAGCACUGAUUUACUUUCAAAAUGAAUUUUCAAAUUGUUUAAAAGAAGCUCAAAAUGAUUCUAAUUCCAAGAACCGGAGUAUUUUGUUUAAAGAAUUAAAUCUUGCCAUGGAUAAAGCCGAACAAAUCAAAGCCAAGUUAAAUUGCAACAGUACAAUGAUGAUUGGUGAAAAUGAAUCUAGUUUUCAAAUUGGUGAAGAAGUACUCGACGAAAAUCCACAAGAAGAAGAUCACUGCUUAUUAAUGUGAUAUAUAUGGAGAGAGAGAUUUACCUAACCUAUUUUAUGUUGUUUAUUGAAAGCUUGAUAUCUUUCAAGUAAUCGUGAUAUUGUGUAUAUUUAUUAUUUGCAUAUUUUUCUUAUUUCUUUUUCUUAUGUGUAACUGGUAACGUUAUAUGUAAUUGUUAGUUUCUAUCGUACAAACACAUAUGGUGCUUAUACACCUCAUAUAUAGAUCAUAUUAUCUUUUAUCGAAAAAUGUCUUUCAUACGAAUUUUUUUGUUUUAAUAUACUUUAACGGUAAAUAUAAACAAAUUGUUUUGUUA